CACACUUUGGUAUCGUGUGGGAAUAUUUUGUUUUUCACAGAAACCAAAACAUUGCUUGUUAAAUUAAACUUAAUAUUGCUGCACCUGUUGUGCGAAUACAGCUGACUGGGCAACAAUGAAUCUCGAACUACUAGAAUCGUUUGGGCAAAACUAUCCAGAAGAAGCGGAUGGCACGCUUGACACCGGGUCGAUGGCCGUCACGUGCACUUUUAAUCGACACGGCACGUUACUUGCUGUCGGUUGCAAUGACGGGAGAAUCGUGGUUUGGGAUUUCCUGACGAGAGGAAUCGCUAAAGUUUACAACGCGCACGCACAUCCUGUGUGUUCGUUAAGUUGGUCAAGAAAUGGGCGUCGAUUAAUCUCGGCAGCAACGGACAACCUUGUGUGUAUAUGGGACGUGUUAUCGGGGGAAUGUCUGCAUACGUAUCGCUUCCCGACCCCUAUAAUGAAGGUGCAGUUCGCACCACGGGGGGGCACGGUGGCGCUCGUGUGUCCGCUUCGUCCCGCACCUGUGUUGCUGAGGGUUGACAGUGAGCAUGUGACCCUGCCAACACUGGACGAGUUGGACAGCAACAUUGUGGCCACCUUCGAUAGGCGGGGGGAUUAUAUAUUUACUGGCAAUGCUAAAGGUCGAGUUGCCGUGAUCAAAACAAAGUCUUUAAAAGUUGUUGCGUCGUUUCGUGUGACAACUGGGACCACUAAUGUCGCAAUCAAACAAAUCGAGUUUGCAAGAAAAGGAACAUGUUUCUUAGUCAACACAGCCGACCGAAUCAUCCGUGUAUACGACGGUAAGGAGGUGUUUAUGUGUGGCAAGAACGGUGAACCUGAGCCCAUUCAAAAGUUGCAGGACUUAGUGAACAGGACUCCUUGGAAGAAAUGUUGUUUCUCUGGUGAUGGUGAGUUCAUAUGUGCAGGCUCGGCUAAACAACACCAACUCUAUGUCUGGGAGAAAAGUGUUGGAAACUUGGUGAAGAUAUUGCAGGGGGUGAGGGGAGAGCAACUGCUGGAUGUUGUGUGGCACCCUAUCCGUCCAAUACUUUGUUCAAUAUCCAGUGGCGUGGUUUCGGUGUGGGCACAAAACCAAGUGGAAAACUGGAGUGCGUUCGCCCCGGACUUCAGCGAGCUCGAUGAGAACGUUGAAUACGAGGAGAAAGAGACGGAGUUUGACGAGGAAGAUGAAGAUCGGAGCGAGGAUGAGGAGGUUAAGAUGACUGAGGAAGAUCAAGUCGAGGUUGAUGUUACUACGGUCGAUCCCAUACGAGCUUUCUGCAGCAGUGACGAGGACGAACAAGACCCGGAAUGCCUCGAGUUUCUCCCAAUUUCCCCCGAGAUCGACGAACCGGAAGAAAACGUCCUCCUGCCCCCUCCCGAUCCGACCAACCAGCCCACCACUUCCAAUGAACCAUCAACAAAGAAACAAAAGGUCCAAAACAUCAAGCUCAAUGGCACCCCUGGUGGCGAGGAGCAUCCAUUGAUAACGGGGACCAAGAAACCGAAGAAGAAGAAUGCGGGUGGUAGGAGUAGGGCGGGGAAGCCACCUAAAGAAGCAAAACAACGUACAAAGGUUCGGCAAAGUAGGGCAGGAGACGAUGUGUUGAGUAUGGGAACUACGAUUGCUGGUUUAUGAAUGUUAUAACAUAUAUGUACAAACACCAGAGAUAGAUGCAUGGCACGCCGAGGUUGAUGGAUAUUGUAGGAUUACACGUGUUUAUGCCACACGCAGUAUAAAUGAACUUUUCAGGUUUUGUACUUUUUGAAUUUAAAGGAGUAUCCGCCAUUGAAACUGUUGUUAAAUUCGUUAAGAAUCAGAAUAACAUAAAGUUAAUGAUUAACCAACAAUCGUAGCAUUUCAUGAAGUGAAAAAUCUAUUAUUGUACUUUCCAUUGUUGACGCUAAGCAAAUAUACGUGGUGGGCAAGUUUCACUGCGG